AUGCCAGGAAAAGGUUACUUUAUUCUGUAUCUGUGGUGUUUGGUAAAUUUCAUUGUUAGUUGUGGAGGUUUCAAGGCUCAGAGAUGCCCGGCGCCAUGUCACUGUGAUUUUACGUCCUGGUCACAGGGGAUUCUCAACUGCUCUUACAGUCCAAUCCGUGCCCUGCCCCUGGAGAUACCUAUACCACGUAAUACAACUGUACUGGAUCUACGCUACACCGGUCUGUCUGAGAUCCCACCGCACGCAUUUAACCAACUGGAGGGACUGAAAGCACUGUAUGUCGGAGGGAACAACAUAAAACACUUUCACGAGGAUAGUUUUACAGGUUUAUGGAAUUUGGAACUCUUAGAUUUGUCUCCACUUCAUUGGGACAUGAACUUCGAUUAUGAAGCAUUCCCCACGAACUUGUUUCGUGAUUUAAUCUUGUUAGAAGUUCUGAUGUUCGGAAGAAUGAGCAGCAGUGCACAGAUUCAACAAGGCUAUUUAGACCAAACCUUAGCUCCCUUACACCAAUUGCAACAGGUGACCUUUCCAAGUCUACCGGAUGGAAAUCCACCAUUUGGUCGCGGAUACAACAAUCUUACUUCACUGAAAACAGUGGUGUUUCAUGGAGUUGGAUCUGUAACGAACAUAAGAAAGCACACUUUUGCCAUGUUGAAAAACUGUCCUAUCGAACGAUUAGCUUUCAUUAGCUGUGGACUGGACACCGUAGAAUAUGGCACAUUGUCUUCAUUUCCACAUCUGAAAGUAUUGGACAUAGAAUAUGCCAACUUUGUGUCAGUCACAGAGGCCGAGAAGAUUAUAUGUGACCUGAACAAUACCUCAAUUGAAGUUCUUCACAUAGUGGACAACAAUAUUUAUCGCACGAGUUUGGUGACACCUCAAGAUAUUCCAUCAAACUCUUUUUGGUAUGGCCAUCCAAAGGUUCCUUUACAACCAGCUAAAUACUCGUAUUUAGACUACAUUAUGAAGUUGAAUGCCAGUAGUUUGGAUGUAACUUUGAACAUGAGCAACAAUCCCAUGGACUGCAAAGUUUGUGACGGAUUAGGAUUCCUCCAUUUGAUUAUCCAUUCUAACAUGACGACAAUAUUCUCCAACGACUCCUCUUGCUACGUGAAUGGAUCUAAAACAAGAUUAGAGAGCAGCCUGAGUAGACUUGAGAGGGAAUGCGACAGUUCUACACAUACGAUCAUUUCAUCAAACCUGUGGCUUUCCUUGGGAGCAUCUCUCGGUGUCAUAUUUGCUGUUGCCUGUGGUCUUAUAGUAGCUUACAUUUACCGUUGGAAUAUCAAAUACCACUUCUUCCUUCUUCGCCGCCAUUUUCGAAAGAGAGGUGUCAUUGCUGGACCACCUGGUCACGUGUACGCCUCCUAUGACGACAACGAUUAUUACUGGGUAACGCACGUGCUGUUGCGUCAUCUAGAAGACGAGGAUCAACUUGAUGUCAUCAUAGAUCAAAGAGAUUUCAUUGGUGGCGCUUCCCUUUCCGAGGCCAUCGUAGAGGCCGUGGAAAACAGCAAGAAAACAGUGCUUGUUCUGUCUGAGAGCUAUGUGCUCAAUCCUUGGUGUGAAUUUGAGUUUCAGAUGUCUCUUGCUCGUGGUUACCAAUCAGUAAUCCCGGUUAUGUUUCAACCUGUGCCAUUUGAUGCUAUGACGAAAUCACUGCGAAAGUACAUUAGAGCUAGAGGGUAUAUAAAGUGGACUGAGGACCCCGAUGGACAACGUUUGUUCUGGAAACGCCUCUCCAACGCCAUCUUUGAUGAGAAUAAUAUACUCGUGCAACCCGAGAAAGAUGACAUGACUGAACUCAUUUAG